CAGGGGGGUUAUUGUAGUUUGGCCAAAACUCAAGGUGCAUUUAGUUAAAGGACCAUAACUCGAAUAAUUUAUUCCUUCUCCUACUCCCUCGUCUUCUUCAUCGCCGGACCGCUGCUCCUUCUCCUCGCCAUCGCCGGACUUCUUCUUUCUUCUCUUCUUCAUCCAGAGCCACAAGAACUAAGAAUACAGUUGUUCCAAGGGUUUCGAAUUCUCCAUUCCUGAUUAAGAUGGCGUCCCACACUCACCUUGACGUGGAUGAAGAUUUUGGUGGUGAGUUUGCGGGCAACAACUCAAAGCUUUCAGGUAACAAAAGAGGCUUCGCGGACCUUGAUGAUGAUGAAGAUGAUAUUUUUGGCUCGAAGAAGGGUAAGCUGAAAGAGGAAGAGAUUGCUGCCCCUGGUGUUGCAACGGGGAUGAUUUUGUCUCUCCGUGAGAGUCUGCAGGAGUGUGAGGAUCGCCUUGCAACAUGUCAGAGAGAUCUUGAUGCUGCGAAGUCUGAGAUUCAAAAAUGGCAUUCUGCAUUCCAGAAUGAGCCAUUUGUACCAUCAGGCACAAGUCCAGAGCCAAGAUUGGUUGUCAGUUACGUUCAGAAUUUGAAGUCAUCUGAGGAGUUCCUGCGGGAGCAGCUUGAAAAAUCCAGGAAGAAAGAAGCUGCCUUCAUUGUUACAUUUGCUAAACGUGAGCAGGAGAUAGCGGAGCUGAAGUCAGCAGUUAGGGAUUUGAGAGCCCAACAAAAACCGCCAUCAAUGCAGGCAAGGAGGUUAUUAUUAGAUCCAGCAAUCCAUGAAGAAUUCACACGAUUAAAGAAUUUGGUAGAGGAGAAGGAUAAGAAGGUGAAGCAGUUGCAGGAGCAAUUAGAUGAGGUUCAGUUUACCCCACAAAGUAGGAUGGGAAAGCAGUUGAUGGCGAAAUGCAGGACCUUGCUGGAGGAAAAUGAAUUAAUUGGAAACCAAGCUAAUGAAGGAAAGAUUCAUGAAUUAGGGAUGAAACUUGCUCUGCAAAAAUCUCAGUAUUCAGAACUCAAAAGUCAUUUUGAAGGACUAUGCCAGAAAAUGGAAGGAUUAACAGAUGAUGUGGACAGAUCAAAUGAAAUGGUGGCCGUUUUACAAGAAAAGCUGGAAGAGAGAGAUGCUGAGAUUACGAGGCUAAAGCACGAACUUGAACAGAGGAAUGGGAUAGAGAAAGAGAGAUCUGAUGUAGUUGUUGAUGAGAAUCCGAGUGACGAAGGAACAACAGUAAUAGCUGAAACGACUUAAAAACCAGCCUUGUUUUGUUUUGUCAUGUUCCCCCGGCCUGGAAUUUGUGUUUUCCUUGUUGUACACCCUUAAUUUAAUUUAAUGUAAUUUUUUUUUUUUUUCAAUUUUGGUCUUUGGCCUACAUUUUUGUAAUCCUUUUCACAUUUGUUGUUGUAGCGACUGGCACUUGUAAUUUUUUUGAGGCGUAUGGAAUUUUCACAUUUAUUAUUUUUCCAAAGAAAGCUCAUUCCGACAUUUGAACUAGCUAAACACGAGGCAGGAUCACCAACACAGAACCAUGCU